ACCACCACCGUCAUCACCGCAACCAGCCACCACCAACAAGGCAAUGUCCGUUUCUGCGUUGAGUCACACUCGCAUCAUCGCGCACGUGUGCGGCCCCGUCAUGCACAGCGGAGUGCGGUUCGCCUGCUGAUGCUGCUACGACUGCUUCUGAUGAUGAUGAUGUUGUUGCCGCCGCUGCCGAUGGUGAUGCUGCUGCGCUUUUAAGUGGCGCCCUGCAACAUCGAACCUCGUCGACCUCCGUCGGGGAAGCAACCUUCACAGCGCACGGCUUCAUCGGAGAAAGGGGGGAAUUGUUCAACCUUCGUUCCAUCUCUCGCUCUCUACACCCCCCCCCCCCCGCAUUCUUGCCGCCGCUCCUUUGGAUGAUCAUCGUAUUUUUGUUAUCGAUGUUGUUGCUGCGACUGCCGCUGUAGUUGCAGUUGGCUCCAAGCGAUCUUCGAUUUGGUGUGCUUGAAAUCUCGGACGGCCCACUGAGAGAGACGAGAGAGAGAGGGCGAAGAGAGAGAGAGAGGCGAGAGAGAGAGAGAGGAGAGUUCAGUCGGUCGCCGUUCAAGGAAAGAUAAAAACAUCCGAACGGGCGCACGAGCGAAGACGCGCGGUGGACGAUCACCGUAGUUGGUGAUCUGCGUUCCUGCGGGCGACGUGGCGGCGAAUUCUUGACGCGUGGUGCUCGCCAAGCCCCCCCACCCCCUCAUCCCUCGCCGGAGAAUCUUUGGUGAUCGCAAGGACCGCGGUGGAUUGAGCAAGCGAAGAGGUGGGACGCGCGGAAGACGAGGUUUAAUAACGACGAGGAAAUCAGGAAGAGGCGCAAGGAGGAAAGGGGGAGGCACGUUCGGACCCCCCCACCCACCGCCCCCUUCCCGGAGCAGAAUUGUGAAAGGGACGAAUCGAACCGCCGCCGCUACUUGAGCACCGAUCCCAUGGUGCAGUCGUCUUCGUCGAUGUCGCGCUGAUGGUGGCGCUGAUGGUGGCGGUCGCGGUGAUGUGAUGACGGGCGCAGCCAUCCUGUUCCACUGCCGACGGUGGUGAUGUGAGAGUCGCUGAUGUGAUGUAAAGAUUGGGAGCCCGACGCGGAGCAAUGGAGCCUAUCAGCAAGUGGUCACCUCGACAGGUGGUGGAAUGGAUGAAAGGCCUGGACGACUCCCUGCAGGAGUACGUGGGGCGUGUGGAGAGCGAGAAGGUGGACGGGGAGCAGCUCCUCGCCGUGUCGCACCAGGAGCUCGAGGAGCUCGGCGUGGCGCGCAUCGGCCACCAGGAGCUCAUCCUCGAGGCCGUGGACCUCCUCUGUGCCCUGAACUACGGGCUGGAGACUGAGAGCUUGCGCUCGCUGUCGCAGAAACUCACGGCCUCCGCCAAGAACCUGCAGAACCUCGUGUCAGGACGCGGGCGAGAUGGCUGCGGCGGCUGCAGCGGCAGCGGUGGCGGCGGUCCCGUGGGGUCAGGAGCCGGUGGCGGCGGUGGCGGCGGCGUUGUCGUGGGGGGCCGGUGGCGUGAGGACGGAGCGGACGGGUUGUGCGGAGGGGGGGCCACGGGCCUGGGGGGCCCGGGCUGCAUAGCGUCGCCGGGCGGCGGAGCCGGCAAGCUGCCCAACCACGUCCUCACCGCGGUGGUGGAGCUCAUCGGGGCCGCCAAGGCCUUCCUCGCCUGGCUGGACAAGUCGUCCUUUGCGGGCGUGAGCGACACGUCCACCCGGAGGAACGACAUCAUCCGCCUGUGCCUGGAGCUCACGGCCAUCGUUCAGCAGGAGUCGUCCCCUCUGUUGGACACCGAGGCACAGAUCCUGCAAGUGUGCAAGACGCUGCUCGUCACCUGCGAGCACAUGGGCACCGUGACCUCUGACCCCCUCAUGUCCCAGUCGGCCCACCUGGAGGUCGUGCACCUGACGCACAUCAACCCCUGCGAGGGCCUGGGCCUGUACAUCAAGUCGACGUACGAUGGGCUCCACGUCAUCACGGGCACCAUGGAGAACUCCCCUGCCGAUCGUUGCAAGAAAAUUCAUGCGGGCGAUGAAGUCAUCCAAGUGAACGGACAGACGGUGGUGGGUUGGCAGCUGCGGAACCUGGUGAACGCGCUGCGCCACGACCCCAGCGGAGUGACCAUCACGCUCAAGAAGAGGCCGCAGUGCACUCUCAACUCGGACCCUGCGCCACUCAAGAACAUGCGCUGGAAGCCGCUGGCGCUGCAGGGUCUGGCGGGCGUGAGUCCCGUGCACAACCCAUGCUCCCCGGUGAGGGUCGUCGAAACGCCCUCCAAGCGACCCAAGUCGGCCCUCCUCAACCUCUUCAUCCCCCCUCCCCCCAACGAGCCGUACACGCCACGCGACCGCGAGGCGAAGCCCGAGCAGUGCGGCCCGGCGCCGCUUGCGGCCGGGGUGGAGGCCCUGUCGCUGGCGCGUCGCAGCGAGUCGCCCAACUCGUGCCUCGACCAGCAGUACCGCAAGCGCCUGGUGCGCGUCGCCGACGGGGGACGCACCCUGCUGCCCUGCUACCACGGCAACGGCGAGCUCGGCCAAUCGGCCGCCGGCAGGGGCGGCGGAGGCCCGGGAUCGGAGCGCCGGCCGCGUCCCUCGUCUUACGGCAAGCCUCGGCCCGUCUCCAUGCCCGUGCUGGACUGUGAGUGGUCGCCCGAGCACGUGCCCGCGGCCCGGAGAGACAAAAACAAGGACUCCUCGCUCCUCAAGCACCUGAGCGACGAGCGCAUCAGCCCGAUCAACGAAGAGGAGCUGGCCCACUGCGGCCAGGCCUCAUGGGGGCCGUCGUGGGCCACAGGACGUAGCGGCGGCGCCGGCGGCGGCGGCGCCGGCGGCGGUGGGGCGCGUGUGCGAGCCACCAGCUGCGAACGCCCGCGCCAGACCCUCUCGGGCGCCAACGGUUCGGCCGAUGGGGAUGGAGACCGGCGCCACCGGGAGAGGGAGGAGGCCCACAGGAGGAGGCGAGGCGGCGGUGUCGGUGGGGCCCGCUCGGACCGGGAGGCCAGCCCGGGGCCCCUGUUCUCGCCAGGACGUCCCACGGCUCGCAGCGGCGUGGAAGCCAGCACCAUGCCGCUGUUCCACAGAGGACCCGUGGACCAAGUGCCGGAGGAGCGAGACAGGCUGACGGCGCAAAUCAUGGACCGCUGUGGAGUGUCCCCUGCUCGCAAGUCAUCCACGCCUCCUCCUCCUCCUCCUCAUCCUCCAUCGGAAUCGCCGUCCGCCCUCGAUCUCUCCGCAAGACAGAAAGCGCGGCUGGCCGUUAAAGCAGCGGCCGCGGUCGCUGCCAGCGUGGCGGGCGGUGACGGCGGCCCCAGCCGGCGCACCGUGCCGUGCGUGGAGCUGGGCAGGCCCGACUGCGACGGGUGGCUCUGGAAGAAGCGCGAGUCCAAGGGGCUGCUCACGCCCAAGUGGAAGAAGCACUGGUUUGUCCUGAAGGACGGUGCCCUCUACUGGUACACGCAGCACAAUGAGAUCAAGGCGGAGGGCUACAUCAGCCUGCCCGAGUUCACCAUCGCCCCUGCCACUGAGUGCAAGCGCAAACAUGCCUUCAAAGCGUCGCACCCCAAGCUGAAGCCGUUUUACUUCGCGGCCGAAAACAACGACGAGAUGAACAGGUGGAUGAACAGGCUGAGUCAGGCAACGUCAGCGCACGAGGGGGCACGGAGGGGAGAUGAAGAUUACUGGAGCGAGAGUGACGGGGAGGAGGGAGAGGUGAGGGAGAGCCCCCCACCCCCGUACGACACCUUUCCUCGGCCGCCCUCCAACAACUCGUCGUCCGGCUCCUACACGGAGGCGAAGCACGGGCGCCAGUCCUCGCUCGACACGGUCAGCUCCCGCGGCUUCGCCGAGCGCCAGUCAUGGCAGGACAUGAUCGGGUCACCCGGCGGACUCAACGCUCCCGCCGCCACCACCACCACCGGCACCGCCGCCGGCACCGCCGCCAUCUCCUCCUCCGCCUACGCCGGCGCGCGCAACCACUCGGCCUCGCCGGCGCGAGGAUCGGCUUACGGCGGCGCCGGAAACCCAGCGACGCCGGCGGCGGGCGGGCAGGCGUAUGGGAGCGGCGGCAAUAACAACCGCGCGCGAGCCGCGUCGCCCAACGCGUACGGCGCCACCGGCGCCUUCCCGCCGCCGCCGUCGCCACCCAACCGUGCCCAGCCAUACUGCCGGCCCGUCGCCACCUCCAGCUGGCGCCGCACGCCCAACGCGGUGGCGGCGUCGGCGGUGUCCACCGGACCCCGCCUCUUGUCGGUGGCACCCAACGACGACUACGACGUGGUGGCGGAGGACAUCGCCAGGGUGGACGACGGAGGACGAGGAGGUGGAGUAGCAGCAGGGGACGAGGACGGAGAUGCCGGCACGGAGAGGCCGGCCAUAUACGUGCCGCGGAACUACGCGGUGGUGAGCGGCAAGCCCGUUCCGGCGGGGCGCUUCCUCAUCCGCGUGCCGCAGGGAGGGGGGCGGCCCCCGGCGACGGACCAGGACGCCCGCGUGCAGGGAUGGACGCUGGGAGUGGGCGAUCACGGCGCGGUAUACGGGGACUACGGUGGCGGCGGCGGUGGUGGCGACGACUUCCCAUCGUCGGACGCCUUCUCACCACCGCUGUCCCCCAUCGAGCGGUCGUCGCCCGGCCCGACACCAGCCACGCACCGGCCGCACCAGCAGCAGCAGCAGCAGCACCACCACCAGCCGGCCAACCACACCCCUCCGCACGGCCACGUGCACAAGGGCCAGAUGAUGACUACAGUCGCGUGCGAGCAGUCGCCCCCGGCGACGCCAUGUGACGUCAUCUGCAAUCAGGACCCCCCGCGGGCGCCCAAGGCGUCCAAUCAUCUGCCUGCGUUCGUCGAGACACAUGUCUGAGGCCAAAAAAAUUAAC